GAAACUAAGCAUCUGCUUUGCUGCCACAUUCUCUGGAAUUCUAAUGAUGCGUGUCUACAAUAGUUUUGUUUCUCACUAUUUUAAGAAGCAGUAAUCAUCAGUGAACAUUCAUUGAGUUUAAGCAAGGCAGUGCACUAAGCAGGGGAGACAAAGAGGCUCUCAUCUCUGUUCGUUUCUAAUGAGAUUUCACAUUUAGCAGCGGCUACAUGCUCUAGAACAUGAUGAGAAGUAAAUUGUGAUUAAUGCCCGGCCUCAGUUAAUAACCCAGGAGGAUUUUACAUUUUAAAUUAAAUAACAUUCUUCCUCAUUUUGAGCUGACAAUGACAGAAGAUCACAGAGCAGCGCUUUCUCGGUCUCCUUUGUCACCCUUGACUAAAGCCACGGAGGUAUCACAGCGAAGCAACCCUGAAGACACCUUCAAUGGGGAUACCGUUCACCCAAUUUACAAAUAUAUUUCGAAUGAUUUACCAAGAGAGUUUAUGUCAUCCCAGGCAAAAGCAGUUACUAAACCUACUGAAGAUUAUUUGCAGCCUCAGUUUGGCCCCAACAGACUUUUACAUUCAGCGGCAGCCUCAGAAGGGUCAGGACUUCAAGAUUGCUCCACACAUCAAACAGCAUCAGAUCAUAGCCAUGAUGAAAUAUCAGACCCAGAUAGCUACAAAUCAAACAGUAAAAACAAUUCCUUUUUUAUAUCAGCAUCCAAGAGAAACAGACCUGUCAGUGCUCCAGUGGGUCAAUUGAGAGUUGCAGAGUUCUCUUCUUUAAAAUUUAAGUUGGACCAGGAUUGGCAUAGAUUGUCUCAGAGAUACAAACUUCAACCCAGAGUGAUUAGAGUAACAGCUUACAAAAAUGGAUCUAGAACAGUUUUUGCCAAAGUUACUGUACCAACCAUCACCUUGUUGCUGGAGGAGUGCACGGAAAAGCUGAAUCUGAACAUGGCUGCACGACGAGUAUUCUUGGCAGACGGCACUGAAGCCCUCGAACCCGAAGACAUACCCUGUGAAGCCGAUGUUUAUGUUUCAACGGGAGAGCCCUUUUUAGAUCCAUUCAAAAAAAUUAAAGACCAUCUGUUAAUGAAGAAAGUAACUUGGACAGUGAAUGGGCUGAUGCUUCCUACUGAUGUCAAAAUACGGAAAACCAAGCCUGUUCUUUCUAUUAGAAUGGAGAAACUUACUGAGAAGACCUCAGUCCGAAUUCUUUUCUUUAAGAAUGGCACAGGGCAGGAUGGGCAUGAGAUUACAGUGGGAAAGGAAACAAUGAAAAAGGUUUUAGAUAUUUGCACAAUGAGAAUGAACCUAAAUUCACCAGCCAGGUAUCUUUAGUUGUAUGGCAGGAAAAUUAAAGAUAUUUCAAAAGUUCCUCUGCUUGAAAAAUGCCUGCAAAAUUCCAUCACACCUUUGCGGGGACCAGUUUGGGUCUCUAAGGGAGAAGGUUUCAGCCCCUCAGGAGCUAAGAUGUACAUCCAAGGAGUUCUUUUGGCCUUGUACCAACGAUUAAAGUCUGCAAAAAAAUAUUAUAAACAGUUGAACCUGGCUGUGGAAGAACAGAAAGGGAAAAUUACCGAAAAAGUCAUUCUUUCAAUGACAGCAAAGGAACACCAUAAGGCACAAGAAGUGAACAGGCUGAUUGAUGAAUUGCAGACAGCUAUCAAAAGCAACAGAGGUCAUCUCUCUAAACUUGGCCCCCAAUUACAGGCUAAGCAGGAGCAAUUCUCCUCUUAUGUCUACGAACACAUUAAAAGCCUUCCAGCAAACACUCUUAUCCCAGGAGGCCUGCAGCUCAAGAUAUUUGAAAAUGGUAAAGACACUGGAGAGAUCUCUGUUUGUAUCAGUGAAAAAGAUCUGGGGCCUAAUAGCCCAAUUCAAACUGGCCAUAUGAUGGAAAGAUUACUUUUCAAGAUUCAUCGAAGACUUCAAGGUUCUUCCAUCAACCCACCAGGCCUCAAUUUUUCUUCAAUCCGGCUUUUCGACGAGCAUGGUCAAGAAAUUAAGAAUCCACUUUCGCUGAAGAAUGAGCAAAAAAUUUGGGUCUCUUAUGGUAAAGCAUACAGAUCUCCACUAAACCCUGUUUUGGGUUUGACCUUUGACCAGGUGACUGCAUUUGCCAGAGGUGGCAUUACAGUUGCAUAUAAAACCUUCUUGGAUCCUAAUGCUGUUCUGCUACUGGGAUGUGACAAUUGGGAAGUUUGUGAGGGAUUUCCAGUUAAUUUCAAUGGCACCAGUCAACAGAUACCUGAUCAAUUUGAAAAGGUGGACUUGGAGAACCAUUUCCUACAGAACAAGGUGAACCCCAAUAUUGUCCUUCAUGCCUCUGUUUCCAUCAGAAAGUGGAAUUUCUCAAGUGGUGAAGAGAUCAGUGGGGCUCAGAUAGCACUCUCAACCCUGUGGCCUGCAGCUAGUGUGUGGCUGAUCACAAAGACUGGAAUGAUCCUGAGCCGAGCGAUAACUCAGGGCUGCCUAGCUAUUGGUCAUCCAGUCAGAGUCAAGGCCACUGAGGGAACAUCACUAGAAGGAUACAAAUUAAUCCUACAGAAAAGACAUAAAGGAGAUGAUUCUCAGAAGUGGGUGUUUGGAACUGACGGUUGCAUUUAUUCUAAGGCUUAUCCUCAGUUUGUUCUGACCUACCUAGGGGAGGUAAAUGCACAAGACGUGACCCAGACAGAGUAUCACCUUCACCAUGGUGCCUGGACCACAGUUCAUCAGGAACAUGGCAGCAGCUUAUCAGAAGAGGUUCUGCAAAAAAGUGCCAAUAUGCCUGGUCUGAAGCAGCUGCCAGAGCCUUCAGAGACACACUUAAUGCCAGAAGGUUCUCUUGGGGAGAGAGGGGAGCUGACAGUGGCACUGGUGAAGAAACUGGAAGAGAAACAUCCUAAGGCUUCUGCUCAGAGGUGGGCCAUAAAACAUGAAGGGACUGGUAAGCCAGGCCAAUGGAAACAUUCCAGAGUUGAAAAUCCUCUGUGGAAUAAACUUACCUACAUGUGGCCAGUCCUUCCCAGUGGCCAACUUAAUGAGGAGUUUGAUUGGCCAAUAGAAGGGCUGCUUCUUCCAAACAGUCCUCCCAUGAAGAAACCCAUCUCUAAGACACUGGAGCAAUAUGUCCCUGUGAGACUCAGAGUUUUGCGGAAUGGAGACAAGAACAAAACCAGAGCCCUUAUUAUAAUCAGUCCAGACAUCUCACCUAGGCGGAAAAUGCAAAAUGUUGACACUGAAAGGAAAGGGAAUGUGAAAAAUUAUGUCACUAAAUAUUCUGAAACAGAAACAAACCAGACUGGAUUUCACCAACUUUUGGAGAGGUGCACUGAAAUUUUAAAUUUACCUUCUGCAGCUCGGAGAUUGUUCAGUGAAAAGGGGAAGGAAAUCUUUGCCCUAAAAGACCUUCAAAGAGAUGAACUGGUGUAUGUUUCAUGUGGAGAACAUUGGAUCAAUCCUGAUCUGUCCAUUGCUCAGCAGAAGAAGCAAAUCUUCCUGAGGAACUUAGCAUCAGAUAUUUCUAAAAUUCAAACUUUCUGCAGUACACGUAAGAUAGAGGCUCUUGUUUUAGAAGUCCAAAGUGACAUUGUGUUGGGAGCCAAGCUUGCUGUGCGGAAACCAAUUUUUGGAGACGAGAAGCGAAUUAUAGAACCAGAGGAAAAGCACGUGCAAAAAAAUGCUUUAACAUCGGGAAAUGCUUCCAGUGAAGUUCUAGAUUCACAUACAAGAGCCCAUCUCCGAAUGAAAGCUUGUCACACACUUCUCAGGUAUGCCUGGCAGGAAACUUCUCAUAACUUUGAUGAAGAUGACAGUCUUCCAAAGAAAAUGGAAGAAGAGCUCUUUGAAAAUGUGGAACCAGAGAAGAAAUACAGCCAUUCUCCAAAACAGAGUAAACUGCAGAAGGUUUGCCACCAGCAGUUUGAAUACAGAGAUGGGCAAAUUAUAAGCUAUGCUUCUCCUCAACUGGUUUUGGGGGUGCAAGGCCCCAACCUGCAUUCAGGCAUGGAGGCUGUUUUGGUGGAGAAAAAAGCAGAUGAUAGUCAUCAACACUGGAGGCACAAGGAAGACAGCAGGACCUUUCACCUGGUGAGUAACCCAGACCUGGUGCUGGCAGUGUCUAUGACCAAGGCUGGAGAUGAAGUCUGUGGCUAUCUGGUUAUUGCUCAGAAAUACAAACCACAUAACAUUGGGACUUCUAAUCAAAAGUGGAAUUACAUGAAAAAUAUGAAAGCUUUUAUGGCCUUUCAUAGCACUACACUGGAUAAGGAAGUCACAGCAGCAAAUUAUGCUGGUAUUUGUACAUCCUCUGUGAUUAAAGAAAAACACAUUGAUCAACCAGGAUACUAUUAUCUUUCACCCAGUGGAAAGAAAAAAACAAUGCUCUGUUUGGCAUGUGGGCGAUCCAUGAGAGCAGAGAAGAGACUGAAACAGUUGCUUCCAGGGCUGCCAUUCCUUUGUGCCUCAGGCUCCGAGACCCGGAAGCCCUUCUCACAAGGACCUUUCAAGGUUGAUUUAUCUUCUUAUGAGGCUGAAAACACUUUAAGUUAUUAUGAAGAACGUCUGUUAUCUUUACGGAGGAAGACCUGCACACAAGUUGUAUCUCAUAGUGGCAUGGCAGUCACUCACCAGAAGGCAGUGAAAAUAAUUGCAUACAAAAAUGGAGAUGGAUAUCGAAAUGGGAAGUUAAUUGUGGCUGGAACAUUCCCCAUGCUGCUUGCAGAAUGCACGGAACAACUUGGUCUUGCCAGAGCAGCCUCCAAAGUAUAUACCAAAGAUGGAACCACAAUCCUUUCCUUGUGGGAUUUGGUUUUAUGGGCUCUUGAUAAAUCUUUUAUCCAGAGAGACUCUGAGGAACAAAAGGAAGAGGCAGCCCCUGUUGGAACAAAAGAGACACCUGUUAAAAGUAUGGAAGGAACCGCAAGAAUGAAAGUGAAAACCAAAUUAUUUCCAAAGUCUGUGACAUCUGAUAGUUUGGAUGAUAUGGACAAGUCUUGGCUCACCCUCACCCUCAGAAAUCCUAUUGCCAUCUGGGUAUCUUGUGGUGAACCAUUUCUAAGUCCGAAUGCUUUGAAGAAAGCAGAAAAAAUAGAAAAACAGAACUCUAAAAAGGACAAAAUUUUGGCUGAUCUAGACACUAUGAAACACAAACUGAGACAGUUAAAAGGGCGGCGGGUAGCAGCAUGUCAGCCAGCCACCAUGGUUCCCAACAAAAGCCCUGUGCAGCCGGUGGUAGUGGAAGGAGGCUGGACUAAGCAGACUCAAGAGGAAAUUAAACUCAUGGACCUUAUAAGACGUACAGAGGCACAGCUUUCUGAAGUCCAAGAACUGCAAUCCAAGAGAAAUUCUCCAACUGCACCUAAAUGUAUAUCAUUCAAGAGGAGCAGCUUGUAUAAGCAACCCAAUGCAAAACGAGCGUGGAUUUACCUAAAUGGAGGCAGACCUGAAGAUGGCACUUAUGCCCGGGGCAAAACAAUUUCAGAGCUGCUGAGUGACUGCUCCUCUCGUCUCAAACUGGCCCACCCAGCCAGAACACUGUACACCCCUGACGGAGAGCCAAUUCACUCGUGGGACGACAUAGAGCGAGACGUGGUCAUCUGUGUGUCCACAGGGCAUGGCUUUAGAACCCAAAGAGAGUUAAAGCAACUGGUGGAGGUCAGAGCAAAUUAUGCCCGAAUCCGAAGGCAGCAGGGCCCUCAAGCCACAGACGCUGUGUUGUCACCAUCCGCAAAGCUGCAAUCUCUGGAAAGAAAACUUUCCUCACCUACUUGGAAACAUAAGACUGUGACAGAAAGUCCAAUUUAGAUUGCUGAAGACUCUGGACUUAGGAAAAUACGAAAGAAAUCUGUGUAGAUUAUUGAAAACUUUAGUCCUAGAAUUUGUCCUUCAAAAUAACUGGAGUUUUCAUGGGCAGAUUUUGAAGAAUUACCAACACUGAUAGAUUAUCUAUAAAUUCAUAAUAAGACAUAUUACAAUCAAGGGCAGCGUUAACCACAGGGAUUUUGUAUUCUAGUGAAAACCUACAUACAUUCUUUAUUUUUUCCAUUCUGUAGCAUGGCCUGUUGGGAAAAAAAAAUUGCAUAGGUAUUGAGCACAUGUUCUGUCUCCCCAGCUAGAUAGUAAUUGCUUAGAGGGCAGAGACCCUUCUUUUUAUUUACUCGGGACAUUAUCACUCAGUGAUAAUGCCCAGCAGUCCCACUGCCAGAGCAACGUGACGGGAAGACAAGGUUCAGCCAUCUUCCACUCUUGUGCUGAACCACAAACAAAAAUUACAGCAGUUCAAUGGGAAUAGAGGGUCUGCUUUAUAGAAUUUUAUUUCAGUCAGCUGUUCAGGAACUACAAUCCUCAGAGUCAAAUUCAAUCGAGUUAUAGUUGGAUAGUCCUUUCUGCUUUUCAGAGGCAAGAAACACUUCUUAAAAUUGGGCAAAUGGAGUAAAUGUCAUGGUGUUAACUAGGCAUCACAUAUUCUUAAAAUCUAUCAAUGAUGAUUAUAUAUUUUGUUCUCAAAUGCCGAGUCUGAAGAAACAUCCAAAAAUUAUGUGAAAUUACUUAUGAAUGUACUGACAACAUUCAAAGCCUCAGUAGACUGUUGUAAAGGAGUUCUCAUACUGUUUUGUUUCAUAUACUCCUUUGAGAAUCUUUUGAAAAGCCAUAAACUUACAAAAUGACAUACAAAAAAUAUUUUUCUCACACCAUUUCAUGGGGUUCACAGGCCUACCUGAAAAACAUUAGUGAACUUCCAAACAAAGAACUCCUGAUAUAAGAGAAGACACUUCUGAUUUCCAUAAUCUUUAAGGUUUGGGAGGACACAGGAGCCAUACCUCUCAAAGGAAGAUUUCAAAAUGUCA